AUGCACUGCGAUGGUGUCCGUGUGACACCUGUGAUGGGACGGAAGCAGUCAUCUGGAUUGAUCUCCGGUAAUUGGAGUCAAGAGCGCUAUGUGUCAAUGGAGCAAACGAGAGUGCUUUUGUACGCUCUACCUUCACGCAGGUAUAAGAAGACAAGCCUAGCGAGUCUUCAAGGAGAGGCGGACACACACACACACACUGCGAUCCACGUCGGACCUCCUCAUCACUGCCGGGUUUGCCAGCGGCUGCUUGGCUCAGGCGGAUGCGUUAGGCAUGGCGUCAGAGGAGCUGGUCCGCGGGAUGCUGUACGUGUCCCUGACCGUGGUGGGCGUCCCCGGCAACCUGGCGGUGAUCCUGGCCUUCCUGUCGCUACUCUACCAGGACAAGCGUCUGCUGGUGGCCGACGUCAUCGUGCUUCACCUGGCCUGCGUCAACCUGACCGCGGUGGCCGUGCGCUGCCUUCUGGAGACCCUGGCGUCCUUCCGCCUCGCCCACAUCUUCGACGACGCCGGCUGCAAAGGCGUCAUCUUCGUCUACCGCAUGUCGCGCUCCCUCUCCAUCUGGCUCACCUUCGUCCUGAGCGCCUACCAGUGCCUGAGCAUCGCCCCCCCCGGCUCGCGCCGGGCCUCCGUCCGGACUUCGGUGGCCCGCUACUUGGGCCCGGUGUUCCUCGUCCUCUGGCUGGUCAACGCGUGCAUGACCUCGGCCGCCGUUCUCUUCUCCUUCGGGGCCGGGAACGCGUCGGCCAGCCACAGCAUCAACGUGGAGUUCUGCUUCGUAAACUUCCCCUCCAAGCUCUCCAAGGAGGCCAACGGGGCGGCGCAGGUGGGUAGAGACGUGGUGCCCAUGGCCCUCAUGGCCCUCGCCAGCCUCAUCAUCCUGCUCUUCCUCUACAAGCAAAGCCGGCAGGCGAGGGGCCGACGCGGCGGCGGAUCGGAGCGGAGGGCGGCCAAAGCCGUGGUUACCCUCGUGACCUUGUACGUGGUCCUCUACGGGGUGGACAACGGGCUUUGGGUGUACACGCUCACCGUGAAGAAGACCAUGAGUAGCUCGCUGGUGUCGGACCUGCGCAUAUUCUUCUCAUCGCUCUACGCCGCGCUCAGCCCGCUCGUGGUCAUCGCGUCCAACAGGAAGGUGAACGGCAGGCUCGGCUGUGCCGUGAAGGUCCGAGUUGGCAAGGAACAAGCUGCAACUCUCUCCACCAUUUGAGGAACAGCUACUUUUUUAAAAAACUAAACUAAACUUUAUUCUCAUAGUUGUAGGAUUUUGAAUCUUUUAUUUUUUUUUACAUCUUGAAAAAUACAACUUUUUUUUGCAAAAUAAUACAAUAUUUUGUUGGGGAAAAAUAGGACAUUUUGUGAAAUAUGACUUCACUUGAAAUUAUAUAUCAUUAUUGUAUAGUAUAUAAUUGACUUUAAUCUGAAAAUAAAAUACUUUGUUCUCAAAUUUCUUUAGACAUUUACAAAAUUCAACUUUUUAAAAUAACAUGACCGUAAUCUUGUAAUAUCACGGGUUUAAUCUAGAAAACAUGCGCCUUUUUGACUCCAGUGUGCAACAUUUUGUUUCUAGAAAAUCUAAUUUAAAAAAAAAAAAAGUCAGACUUUUAAAAUUUAAACUAGACUAAUUUUUUUUUAAAUCAUGUUUGUCCUCAUUAUUAUACAACUUUUUGUUGGAGACCCCCAACACACACUUUUUUCACGAUAGCUUUCCUCUUAUAAUACUAUAAUUUUAAUGAUACAUUUUUCUCUCCAAAUUAUGUAACUUGUUUCUAAUUUUAGCUAGGUUUUUUUUCUCAAAAAGGAUUACCUUAUUCUUGCAAAUGGCAACUUUAAUCUGGAAAAUGCAUGGCUUUUUCUUUGAAAAGUGUAACAAACCAUUUUUCCUCGAAAUUAUUCAACCAUUUUGAAGUUCUGGGUCUGUGCAAUCUGAUUUAUGACCAGCAGGAGGCAACAACCCACAAGACAUAAAACGUCACUCGUGCAAUGUGCUGAUGUUCUCCCUUGCGACAAUAAACAAAAUGAUGGUCAAGUUUGGAAUAAAAUAGACAAUAAUGUAGGGUAA